AUGGCCGACCCCUCUUCUCCCCCGCCGCCUCCGCCGUAUUCCGUCCAACAACCUCCGUACUCUCCGGGUCCGGCGGCAUACAAACCGUCUCCGACUCCGCCCGGGCCGUAUCCGUCCCGUCUCCAGGCCUCCGGCGCGUGGCUAGCUCCUGAUCCCCGCUCAUCCUCUACACAGUCUCUCCUCCCUGUGUACCCCUCAGAAGCCUCGCUGCAGAAAACCCCACAAACACAUGCUGGAGAUCAUCAAGGUCGGCGCAAACUGCUCGUCAUUUACCUUCAUGGCUUCCUGGGAAAUGAUCAGUCUUUCCGUUCAUUCCCGGCUCAUGUCCAUGCUCUCUUGACCAACCUGCUCGCCGACUCACAUGUCAUCCACUCCAAGAUCUAUCCGCGGUACAAGACGUAUCGUGCUGUCGACGUUGCUCGAGACAACUUUAGCGAAUGGCUAACGCCUCACGAGUCUCCAACGACGGAUGUCGUCCUGGUGGGACAUUCAAUGGGUGGCAUAUUAGCUGCUGAUGUUAUCCUCAUGCCAAACCCAAGCCCUUACGGCACAUAUCCCUUCAAGCAUCGCAUUCUAGGGCACAUCUCCAUGGACUGCCCCUUUCUCGGUCUUCAUCCAGGCAUUGUCGUAUCUGGCAUAUCAAGUUUAUUCAAACCUGCAGCGACGCCUCAGGACAACAGCCAAGAGAACGCCAACCUCAACGCUCCAUAUGGAAUCUCGGAAACUACCAGUCCUAGCAGCUCGUCCUUGAACCUCACAACGUCGCACAGUUCCAUUCCUGGAAGCCCCCCGUCCGCAACUUCAGCAUCUGUCUCGCAACUCCCCCACGACCCAUUCUUCAACCAGCCCUUCUUCAACGACUCCGCCCUUCAAGAGCGCCCCUUUGUGCGCCGCAUGCUGCACUUUGCCUCCAAGUACCGCUCAGAAGGUCUCGUACAAGCUGCUGCCAAGCACGUCGUCUCGUACCUCGAGUUCGGCAGCUGCCUCGCCGACCUUUCAGGUCUUGAGUCUCGAUACACUCGCCUUCGUGCCCUCGAAGACGUCGAUGAGCUCCAGCUUCAAAAUCAAAAUCGGGACCCUCGUGCGCCCACGACUAGAGUGCGCUUCGUCAACUACUACACAUUAUGUACCGGACGCCCCAAGACACCCAAGUCGGAGACACCGAAGGCUGGAACUCCCGAGGAAUUUGCGUCUUCUCAGCAAUCAGGUUUUAGCACGCCGAAUACAGCAGCUGGCACGACUCUUAGUCCUGAAUCUUCCUUUUUACAGCCUAAUACGACUGAAAACCAUCUCCGCGCCAGCCAGGAGAGCCCCAGGCCAAGCAUAACGAUAGAGCACCGUGAUACAAUGGGCAACGCAACCAAUCAUCAAACUCUCCUCGAUGCAAACCACAAAGAUUCCCCAACACAAGCAAACACCACCCAGAACGAUUCCUUCAACAGCGCAGAAGCUGUAGCUUCAGACAUCAACCGAUUAUCUAUGCACGACAUCGAUCCCACUCCCAUCGACGACUCCAACCCUCCUGAUCAACCACGUCCCAGCGAAGAAGUCGAGCUCGCUCCCCUCCCCGACCCUCCAACUCCUCCUGAGCUCCCAGACGUGACCAUCUACACCGACAAGGACGAGCGCAAGCAAGCCGAAAAGGAAGCAAAGCGCCUUCAGCGAGCCUACGAGCAUGCCGUCAAGGACCACGCGAAGGCCGUCCGCGAGCGCGAGAAGCUCCUCGAGAAGCGCCGCCGCCGCGCGCAAAAGGAAGCCGACAAGGCCCUCAAGGAGGCCGCGCGCCAGGAAAAGGAAGCUCUCAAGGAGGCUGAGCGGGAGGCCCGCGAAGAGCAGCGCCGCAUGGAGAAGGAGGCUGCAGAGCAGCAGGCAAGGGAUUGGGAAGAUCACCGGCGCGCUGCGGAGGCUGAGGUUAUCGCCGAGGCGAGAGACCUCAACUCAUCGAGACCAAAGAAGCUGCGAAAGUUUUGCAACCUGCCCAGAGAUGGCAGCAAAGUGACGGAUCCGACUUGGGUUGAUGUCUUCAUGGCUGAUGUAGACGAGGUCGGGGCCCAUUGUGGACUAUUCUUCCCUGGGCAACACUAUGAGCAGCUGGUUGGAGAUGUUGGAAGCCGUAUCAUGGGAUGGGUUCAGGAGGACUUGACAAAGCGAGCUAUUCUAGAGAUGGGAGAGUGA